AUGACAAACUACGAUGUUUCGUAUCUGUAUAAGAGUAUGGACAAGAAUCCAGUAUGGGAAUUGUUCAAGAACCUAAGGGAUGUUUUAAAGAAGGAUGAGUUGGGUGUGGAAAUAGCUAAAAUUGCGAUUCCUGCAGCAAUGGCCUUAGCUGCUGAUCCUAUAGCUUCUCUGAUUGAUACAGCUUUUAUUGGUCAUAUAGGUCCUGUGGAGCUUGCAGCUGUGGGUGUUGCCAUAGCAGUAUUCAAUCAAGCCUCGAAAAUUGCAAUAUUCCCACUUGUUAGUGUGACAACUUCUUUUGUUGCUGAAGAAGAUGCAACUAGAAGUUUUGAGGGGGAUCCAGAAGAAAUUGAAACAUUAGAGAGUGGUUUCGCUGGAAAUUCUGAAAAGGAAGAGUUAAUACCCAAAGUUGAGUCCGCAAAUAGUUUUUCAGUCAGCCCCUCCCAAGGAAAACUGGAUGAAGGCAGGCAGAAUUGCAGGCAUAACUCUGCUGCUUCAUCAGCUUUAAUAAUUGGUGGUCUACUUGGCAUAGUCCAAGCUGUUUUCCUCAUCUUUGCCGCAAAACCCUUGUUAAAUUACAUGGGUGUAAAACCUGAUUCACCUAUGCUAAAUCCAGCCAUAAAAUACUUGACAGUUAGGUCUCUUGGUGCUCCUGCUGUGCUCCUUUCCUUGGCCAUGCAAGGGGUCUUUCGUGGAUUCAAGGAUACCAAAACACCUCUUUAUGCAACAAUGAUGGGAGACAUAGUAAACAUAAUUCUCGACCCCAUAUUCAUUUUUGUUUUUGGUUUUGGUGUCACUGGAGCUGCCAUUGCCCACGUGAUCUCGCAGUACUUAAUAUCUCUGAUACUUAUGGGCAAACUAAUGGGUCAAGUAGAUCUUUUGCCACCUCGUAUGAAAGAUCUUCAAUUUGGUCGCUUUCUAAAGAAUGGAUUUCUGCUGUUAUUGAGAGUCAUUGCGGCAACAUUCUGUGUAACCUUGGCAGCUUCACUUGCUGCAAGACAUGGAUCAACAUCUAUGGCUGCUUUUCAAGUAUGCUUGCAGGUUUGGCUGGCAACCUCCUUACUUGCUGAUGGAUUAGCAGUCUCUGGACAAGCCAUUCUUGCUAGUGCAUUUGCUAAGAAUGAAUAUGAUAGGGCCACACUAACUGCAUCCCGUGUUCUACAGCUGGGAUUGUUACUUGGUCUCGGUCUUUCACUUGUAGUCCUUGUGAUUCUGGGAUAUGCAUCAGGGCUUUUCACAACUGAUAAAGAAGUUUUGAGCCUUCUAAGUUUAGGAAUUCCGUUUGUUGUAGCGACCCAGCCGAUCAACUCUUUGGCAUUCGUCUUUGAUGGAAUAAACUAUGGGGCAUCAGAUUUUACAUAUUCUGCCUACUCCAUGAUUUUAGUAGCAGCAGUGAGCACUGUUUUGUUGCUUUUGCUGUCAUCAAGUUUUGGUUUUGUGGGAAUAUGGGUUGCAUUGUCCAUCUUCAUGAGUUUGCGAGCAUUGGCUGGAUUUUGGAGGAUAGGAACAAGAACAGGACCUUGGAGCUACCUUCAAGGGUGA